AUGGUCAAUCUGGAUUAUCCAAUGCCAAAAGGGCUCUACAAGAUCCCCGACGAUCAACUUGACCUCCGUCCAGAUGCUCAGGUCGAUCAAGACUUGAUGCAUCCAAAACCAGUAUCAAGUCUGAAGAAUGUCUGGUUCUUCUGGCAUUCGGGGUUCUUGAACAUGCAUCCAUAUACGCAGCGCAACGUGCGGGCUUGGCAUCGUCGUUUUUCGAAGCACGGCUGGACUGUUCGUGUGCUCGAUCGCGAAGAAGACUCCCCUCUCAACAUCGCCAAGUACCUGGAUGUGAAGGACCCCAGUGUGUUUCCCAAAUCAUUCAUUGAGGGUGCUAUUGGAGGGAGCUAUGGCCUGCAACACACCUCCGAUCUGGUUCGAUGGCCGCUCCUGAACAAGUACGGCGGUGUUUACGCCGACGCUGGCAUGAUGCAGAUAGGCGAUCUCGAUAGGCUCUGGAACAAGACUUUGGGAGAUCCUGAGUCACCUUAUGAGGUCCUCAGCUACAAUGGAGGGGAGAAGGACGGUAGGAGUUUGAUGAACUAUUUCCUGUGCUCCCGACCCAACAAUCCGCUCUUCACGCGCUGUCACAAGCUGCUUCUGAGACUCUGGAACGAAGACGGUGGGAGGACGUCCACGGAUGGCAUGCAUGCCAAUACCCUGCUCAAGGAGAUCCCGCACUUGGACUACGCUGGAGAUGUUUCCAUUGAGCUUGACGGUGUGACGCAUGGUCCUGAAGAAGUGGCCAAGAUGCUCACGGACUACAUUAUUCAGGGCCAGGUGAUCAGGCAGGUCAUGGGUCUGCAAGACGAUGAGGAUGGCUGGAACGGCCCCGAGUACUGCGCGAAGCAUGUUUACGCCCUCGAAUUUAUGGCUGGGUCGCAACUCAUCAACGAGUUCACAAAGUGGAACGGCGUCUGUGCUUUCGAGCUCAUGUCGCUCUCGCUGCCCAAAGAUACGGAAGAGGAGACGCCAGACCAGAAGCGCGCGAGAGAAAUCGUCGAAGGAUGCUUGACCAGGAGUUGGGGGUUCAAAUUGGCACAUGGUCUCAUUCUCACGGUCUUUGGGCCGACCCUCGGAUCGCUCUGGCGGCAGCAUCCUGGAUCUGAUAUCGUACCGGGCACGUACGCCGACUGGCUGCGCAAGGGAAUGGUGUAUUGGAAUCAGAAGGGGGAUCCGGAGGCGAUACCCUUCAAGGAGAUGCCGCCUACGAAGAUAGGACCUCUUCUGCGAGAGUCCUGA